AUGGCUGCGACUCUUAUAGCUAUAAAAUAUGAAGAAGGAUGCCUAAAAAUCUUAGAUCAGCUUCUAUUGCCCCAGUCGUUUAUCUAUGUGGAUAUAAAAGAUACUGCAGAUGCAUGGAAUGCCAUCAAAGAUAUGAAGGUGCGUGGGGCACCAGCUAUUGCUAUUGUUGGAUGCCUUGGCUUGGUUCUUGAGCUGAAAACCCAUUUACACAAUUUCUCUACAGUGGCCAGUGUCUGUAAUUUUAUUACCAACAAAUUGGAGUAUUUGGUGACUGCUCGGCCAACAGCUGUUAAUAUGAAAGAAGCAGCAUGCAGACUCUCAAUGCUUGUUAAAGUAAUGUCUUCACAGGAAGAUGUGACUGUUGAUCAGUUGGUGGAAAAGUUUACAGCUGAAGUGAAAGAAAUGCUGGAGAAGGAUGUAUCAGAUAACAAAAGCAUUGGUAAACAUGGAGCAGACGUCAUCUUGGAACGUAGUAAUGACAAACCUGUUUCUGUACUGACACACUGCAAUACAGGCUCAUUGGCAACUGCAGGAUAUGGAACAGCCCUUGCUGAUCGAGUGGUAGCUAAUGGUGACACUGCCAACAAAAUAGGAACCUACCAGCUUGCUAUUGUUGCCAAAUACCAUGGAGUUCCAUUCUAUGUUGCUGCCCCCAGUACAUCCUGUGACAUGGACCUUCCUAAUGGAGACAAUAUUGUGAUUGAAGAAAGAAGCCACAAGGAGAUGACCAGAAUCAAAGACGUUGUCAUUGCACCUGAAGGUAUAAAUUGCUGGAAUCCAGCUUUUGAUGUCACACCAGCUGACCUGAUUACAGGUGGUAUAAUAACUGAGUAUGGAGUCUUCAGUCCAACAGAAUUAAAAAACAAACUUUAUACAAUGGCAAGUAAAGAAAAAAAGAGAAAAACUGAAGGUUAA